AUGUCUGGAAAAGGUCAAGUCAAUAAAAUCAUUCGCUUCAAAAAUGAUACUCCAAAUGAAGUUAUUAAUAAAACCGAAGAGGAAAUUAAACAAAUGGGAGGUACAAUAACAGGUAAAACUGUGAUAACGGGAAAGACUCUCAUGUUUACCUUACCAGCUGGCACUAUGACUACUUUCGAUGCUAAUGAACAUGUUGAUUCUGUUGAGGAUGAUGCUACUGUUACAAUCCAAUGA